AUGGGAGAAACAUCUGGAUCAAGACCCCCAGUGCCCUUGGUUGGAUCUCCUGGUAAGUCUGUAUCUCUCCCUCCCUUUGUAAAAAUUAAACUUGUUGCUUCUUCACUUCCUCAAUCAAACCCUAUAUACACAACUACUGAUACUCCUCCCUCAACCACCAGACCCUCUAACCUACCAUCCCAAAAAUUCAACCUUGCCACCACAAAUCUACCUGUUUCAAAAGCAGAAAUGCUAAAUGAAACCACUUCACCAUCUUCAUCACCAUCUCCAAAAUCCCCACCUUACUAUAACCUCUCAUCUGACCCAGAACCUUCUGACCCUCACUCCCCAACUCUGGCUCAGAUCCAAGACCGUGUUAUGGCCUCUCAAAAGCCAUCACACUCUAACCCUGAACCUAAAGUAAUUCCCCACUUCCAGAAAACCCCAACACAACCACCUCUGAACCUCCACCAUCAGAACUAA